GCAGAAUCCCUUUGGAACUGUUGCUCUGAUUUUGAACCUUUUGUGCUUCGAGCCGGAGAAACGGAACUCCACUGUGGAGAUGCUGCUGCUGCUGUUUCUGUUGCUGAGCAAAUUGGCCAACAGUGACGGUGAAGGGACAAACAAUUCUUUGGUUCUGAAGAGGACUCAGCGGGACCUUCAAAACUAUAGACUAUCCAGAGGACCCUGUGAUGAAAACUGGUUUUAUUUUCCUCCUUUAAACUCCUGUUACCGGUUUUUCAGUGACAAAAAGGCAUGGAUGGCAGCUGAGGAUUUCUGCAAUCAGCUCCCACAUUCUGGACAUCUGGCAUCAGUGAUGUCAAGCAUCCAUAACAACUUCACUUCUGAUGUGGUCAGUGCUGUGGAUGAAAGCAAGCCAAGGGCAUGGAUUGGCAUGAAUGACAGAUUAGAGGAAGGGACUUUCACAUGGAUUGAUGGAACUUCCUACACUUAUGGAGGAUGGGCUGCAGAUGAACCUAAUAGUUACCAUGGCAAUGAAGACUGUGUGAACAUUCAUCAUAUUCCAGGUUCUCCAGAGUGGAAUGAUUCUGCCUGUAAUAUGGAAGAAGGUUUUAUUUGUGCCUACAAACUUCACUGUAUUUAGAAGACUCCAGAACCAUCCACUCAUCCUUUCCAGCGAUGGAUUCAGUGCCAUGAUUUCUUCUUUGUUGCACUCGGUGUAUGUGGUGACUGUACCGUUUAGUUUCUCAGCCAAUAAUAAAGAGAAUUACA